AUGUGGUGUUGCAUCCUCGUAGCUGCAGCCGUCUUCGGCCAUGGCCUAGCAGGCAAUAUCGCUUCAGCAACUCUCUAUCCACAGGAUACACAUCAGAACAAGUCAACGUUGAGCGGAGCCCCUCCUUGUGAUGCUCUAGUUGCUGUUGGUCUCAGGGACAGUGUGCUUUUCCCGUCUGAUAACGGCUACGAGCCCCAGAUCGAGAGUUGGUUCGCUCUCAAUUCGCGCCUACGCCCAUGGUGCCUUGUCCUCCCACGAAAUACUGCAGAUGUGUCACUUGUUGUGACCACGCUUGUGAAGGCUGGAUCUGGCGCGGGGGACUGGCACAUCGCACUGCGAAGCGGUGGCCAUAACAUCGAUGGGAACAAUAUUGCGAACGGAGUCACUAUCGAUCUGAGCUUUAUGAAUUCGUCAGACUACAACCCAAGCACGAAUACGGCAUCUACAGAGCCUGGCGGACGAUGGGAACAUACUUACGCAAGCCUGCAGGAUCAUGGUGUAACAGUCGCCGGGGGUCGUGAUGGCGAUGUUGGCGUGGGCGGGUUUCUCCUCGGGGGCGGCAUCUCCUUUUUCUCCGGGAGACUGGGAUUCGGUUGCGACUCCGUCACCAACUUUGAGGUAGUACUUGCGAACGGAAGUGUUGUCAAUGCUAACGAGAGAGUCAACUCGGAUCUCUGGCGAGCACUGAAAGGAGGAAGCGGUAAUUUUGGCAUAGUCACGCGAUACGACUUGGAGUCUAUUCCAACUAGGGAUCUUGCCCGAGAUCUUCGCUUCCUUCCCUCGAACUACUCUGACCUAGUUGUGGAUACAGUCGUGGAUUUCGCCAACCAUGAUGAGUCAUUAGGCGAUGACGCAUUGGUGAGCUUCUUCACGUACAACUAUAAAUCACACGGUAAAACAAUCAGCCCAGAUUUGGCUAUAGGAACAAUUCAUGUCAAUACAGCCGGCAAUUGGAGCUCUAAGACAAGCUACAACAGACUUGAGCAGUUGCCCGCAAUUUUGAAUCAAACGACCACGCAAAACAUGGCUGAAGUAGCGGCCGCUUCCAAAGUAGAUGGAGGCACCUGGGCUGCACGAUCGACGCGAACGUUCAAGAAUGAUCCGGUGAUCCUCCGAUACUCCAAUAAACUUCAUGAGGAGUAUGUGGAGGCAAUGAAGGAGAUCAUCGGGGCUGACAACUUUUCAACGGUGAUGUUUCUUCAGCCCAUCCCAUCUUCUCUUGGCCGCAUCGGGCAACAGCGUGGUGGAAACAUGCUCGGGCUGCAGAACGUCAAAGACAACGCCGUAAUGUGGACGGGCGGUGUUACUGUCUACUCGGAUGAAGCAGCUCUAUCAGUCGCCAAAGAGGGCCUGGAUAGGAUGUCAGCUCAGAUUAAGAGCUUCUCAGAGUCAAAUAGUGGUGGAAUCGACUUCAUAUACGCAAACUACGCCGACGAUAGCCAAGACCCCCUCGGCAGCUACGGCGCGGACAAUGUUCAACACAUGCGUGAAGUCGCUGCCAAGUACGAUCCCACUGGUGUCUUCCAGACACGUAUUCCUGGUGGUUUCAAGAUCAGCAGAGUGGUGUAG